AUGCGCAAGGGCAGCGGCAAUGGCAGGACUCCGUCCUUUGGCAGGUUCCAAGAUGAGUGUGGCUCGCCAUCCAGCUCAGGGCGCAGCAUCGAGCUGGCCAAAACCAGCUCAGAGGCUGUCUUCAUGGUCAAGGGCCGCCGCGUACGGGCCUGGCUGACCUCUUUCGGCAUCUCCAUCAUUCCAACAUCAACCCUGUGGUGGCAGCCUUGGGCUAAGCUGCGCUAUAUUCCUGAUGCCCUCCUGUUUGAGGAAGUGCUGUCUGCCUCCGCCCAGCAGCACAUCCCCUGCCCGUGUCAAUCCUCAAAGCAGCGGCAUUACCUCAUCAUCAGCACAUUCAAGCGCGGGCGGCGGAAGCGCUGUGAUUGGAAGCCCAUCCGCCUUGUGCUGAAGUCCUCAAAUGCGGAGCUGGUGCACGAGUGGGCGCUAAGGAUAGGGGAAGCGAUACGCAUGCAGCCGCAGCGGCCUAGCACCCUGCUGGUUCUUAUAAACCCCUUUGGCGGCGCCCGACGCGCGCACGCGGUGUGGACGCGCACAGCAUCACCCAUUCUCAGCAGCGCAGGCGUGAAGUGCACGACAGUUGAGACACAGAGGGAGGGCCACGCGCGCGAGGUGGUGCAGGCGCUCUCACUGGCAGAGCUGCAGAGCUACGAUGGCAUCCUUGCGGUGGGCGGAGAUGGGCUAUUCCAGGAAGUCCUGAACGGCCUUUUGAGUGUCAGGGGCGCGGGCGGAAAGGCAGGACAGGUGGCAGCGCACCUGCGCCUGGGCCACAUUCCUGCCGGCUCCACAGACGCCGUUGCUUUCUCGCUAAACGGCACUCGGUCGCAGGCCACUGCCGCCCUGCACAUCGCCCUCGGAGACAGGCGCGCACUCCACUGCUGGCUUGUGCAGCACGCCUUUGAGACGGGUGGUCAAUUCACUGUUGUGCAGGAGCUGACGCAGCUGGACGUGAUGCGGAUAGAUAUGGGCAGCGGGGGACACAGGUACGCAGUCUGCGUGGCCUCCUACGGCUACAUGGGCGAUCUCAUGCGCCUUUCCGAGCGGCUACGGUUUCUGGGUCCUGCCCGUUACGGCCUUGCCGGCGCCAUCACCCUUCUGCGCGGCCGCGCCUACGAUGCAGAGGUGGCGUUCCUGCCGAGCGACCCGGUGCCGGAGAGAACGCGGCAGGAGUGCAGGGCUGAGUGCGAGGUGUGCAGCCCGGGCUCCCCCACGCGCGCCGUCGGCCAGCAGGCGCCAUUCAUGACCAGCAGCCACCGCGCUCUCGAUGAGGCCGGCUGGGUCAAACGCCAGGGGCGAUACAAGAGCAUCAUGGCGGUGGUGACGGCGUGCCGAAGUGACAUGAGCACAAAAGGCCUCGCCCCCGAAGCGCAUCUGUCUGAUGGCCGACUGCAGCUGGUUCUUGUUCGCGACACAUCCCGGUUUCAGUACCUCCGCUUCUUGGCCUCGAUCCCACGCUGCGGAGUCCGCCCAGAGAAAUUCUCCUUUGUGGAAGUGCUGGACUGCACAGCGGUUGCUCUGACACCGAGCGGCGCCGAGUCCUGCUGGAACGUGGACGGAGAACUGCUGCCAGACAACCGAAUUGCAGCUUGCGUGCAUCGGGGUCUCGUGGAUGUGUUUGCGCGCGGUAUUGAGUGA